CGCUGGAUGGGCUGGGAGGGGGCUUGUCCCAGGAAGUCUUGGGUGGGUGGACAACGCACCCGGAAGUGAAGUGCCUCCGUAAAGGAGCGGUGGCGCGGCCGGCGGGCCCGGGGGUCCGGUUUAUUUUGGAGGAAGUCACUGCGUCGAACCUGAGAAACAGGCUGUACAGCUAUCAGCUGGGCUGACCAUGGCCCUUUCUGUGGAGACGGAGUCGCACAUCUACCGAGCUCUGCGCACUGCCUCUGGGGCUGCAGCCCACCUUGUGGCCUUGGGCUUUACCAUCUUUGUGACUGUACUUGCCAAACCUGGCUCCAGUUUGUUCUCCUGGCACCCUGUUCUUAUGUCUCUGGCUUUCUCCUUCCUGAUGACCGAGGCACUCCUGAUGUUUUCUCCGGAGAGUUCACUGCUGCGUUCCCUCUCACGGAAGGUUCGAGCACGCUGCCACUGGGUGCUUCAGCUGCUAGCCCUACUCUGUGCUCUGUUGGGUCUAGGGCUUGUCAUCCUCCACAAAGAGCAGCUUGGAAAAGCACACCUGGCCACCCGACAUGGGCAGGCAGGGCUGUUAGCUGUGCUGUGGGCAGGUCUGCAGUGUUCAGGGGGCGUGGGGCUGCUCUACCCCAAGUUGCUGCCCCGAUGGCCCCUGGCAAAGCUGAAACUCUACCAUGCCACUUCAGGGUUGGUGGGCUACCUGCUGGGUAGUGCCAGCCUCCUGCUGGGUAUGUACUCAUCCUGGUUCACUGGUACUGUCACUGGUGGUGCUUGGUACCUGGCUCUGCUGUGCCCUGUCCUUACCAGCUUGGUAAUAAUGAACCAAGUGAGCAAUGCCUACCUGUACCGCAAGAGGAUCCAACCAUGACCUUCCCAGAUACCAGGAAGCCUGGAUUUGCACCUCAGCAUAGGACCUGGGGCUAUAAACCUGCUUGACCCUGUCAGGGAACAUUCAGGUACUAGGGCACUCAGGUAGAUUGGUUGACAUUUCUGCUCCUCGUGAUGGAGUGCCCUCCCUUUUCUUUUCUUGCUAUCAGCUCAGGGGAGCCCAAAUCAUGUGUCUGAUGAAGUUGGGGUUGCAACACUGACUCCCCAGCCAUACAGCUUAGAUUUGUAUUGGUAUGUCCAGAA